UACAUUCAUCUGAUUCAUAAAACUGCAUUCUUGCCCUGUCUCCAAUGUUUUGAAUUUGCUUUAUUUUCACGUGACCAAAGAGGGCUGACGAUUGGCUUAGGGCAGCUAUGACAUCAUUGUAAAACUAGAAUUGUAUAGAGGUAGGAUAAAUAUGAUACGGGUCACGAGGUCACCCCAAAACUAGGCCAUACCUGUAGACCAAUCUGGCGCCAUUGUCUGGUUUGCAUGCGCGGUUGUGUUUUGAGUGGACUUUCACAAGUUUACUUGGAUUAUCCUGAUACCCGAUGAAGUCACGUGAUCAUUGCUGCGGGAUUAUCCGUGUCAAGGGCUGAGUGUACAGCCCUGUAAUUUAUACAUUGGGGUUUCUGCACACGUCUCAAUGCAUUGGUUUGUCUUUUAAAGUCAGACAGAGGAAAUCGCUCAUCACGAAUCUAGCAGCAAUGAAAGGGAUACUUUGUGCUGUGAUUUUCAUUGGCAUUGCCUCUGGGCAGAGUCGAGUGCCUAUCCCAGCUACACCCCUAGGACACGCGUACAAGGGUGUCCCUGCCAGUGCUCAAAUCCACAUCGAGUUCUUCAUAGACCUAUUGUGCCCGGACAGUAAGGCGGCCUUUCCAGUGCUCAAGCAGGUCGGCGACCACUAUGGGAAUUCUGUCAGGAUUUCGACAAUUCAGUUUCCGCUGCCGUACCACAGAAAUGCCUUCUUGGCUGCAAUGGGAGUUCAGGUUGUACAUAACAUGACGAACGGUAAUGUGAACAAGGUGUACGAGUGGAUGGGGCUCAUAUUUGACAACAUGGAUCAAUUCGGAGGCUCCGUCAACUACAACGUCCCCGAAAACAAAACUGUUGGGGAUUUUGCCGCACUUGCCGGUGGAAUGGGUUUGUCGACAUCUCACUUUGCUGACUUGUUGGUCAACGAUGGCUCAAUGAACAUGGCCACAAGGGUAGACUGGAAAUACGGCUGCACCCUGAUGAAGACGAGAAGAAUCCCUGUACCAAGACGUGUUGGAAUGUACGUCAGGGGACGUCUCGCUCUCUAAUAAUCAAGUGAUGAGGAAUGACCACAGUCUAGCCUACACGAUAUGGUCCAAAAGACGACUGGAUUCUUACAACCAACGGCAUGAGGAUUUCCGUUCCAUUAUUUGUAAAGCAUUUAUCGUAAUGCAAUAAACUCUGAACGAUACGCAAACGUAGUAAUUCAAUAUUCCUUACCUAUCAUAUACAUACAUUUGAGUGUGUUCAAGGAUAACUUACUAUUUGAACAAUAAUUCAGUCUAUGAAGUAAUAAUUAAAAACAUACAUUUUAGAUACCAUUUAUUAUCGAUAAAGUUACUAUAACUAAAUAAAACGACAUUUAGUGCAUGAAAGCAAGACACUGAUAAUUCUUACAGUGAGCGACUAUCUGCACAAUUAAAUGUUCAUUGGCUGGUAUAUAUUUAUUGAUUGAUUUAUACAUUUAUUUGAUUGCUAUACAUGUUUAUUCUUUACCACGGUCUUCACUAAUACUGGAAUAAGAUCAAAUAAUUUAUUUAACUGAUUGGGCGGGGGAAAGUCAUUUAUAAACAUCAUAUACUUGUCAAGGUAUGGGGCACGAUAAGACAAGGGUCUGUUGAGCAUCGGAGACAAUGGAAAAGGGGAUUUCCCGCCGUUUUAUAUAUAAACACGUGGAUAAAAUAUCAAGAACACCUGUAUUACAUUACACCUGUAUUUACACGUAAAUUAUACCUCGUCUCUGUGUUAAAUGGAAUAAGUCACAAAGGCUCGAAAA